CCGCUCCUCUUCCUCCUCCUCCUGCACUUCCUCCUGCUCUUGCUUAUCCUCCACCGCUGUCGACGCUCAUGGAGAAUCUCAGCCUUCAUGAUGCAGGCCCUUUAAUGCCGCAGGGACCGCCUCAACUCCCACCUCAGAUGUUUACCACUGCCGCGCAGCUUCUGGACCUUACCGACAAGAAGCUCAUGGUGGCCUUGCGCGAUGGGCGAAAGCUCAUUGGAGUUCUGAGGAGCUGGGACCAGUUUGGCAAUUUAGUGUUGCAGGACACAGUGGAGCGCUUGUUCGUGCACCACCUCUACGCCGACAUUGAGCGUGGCCUGUUUCUGGUCCGAGGCGAAAACGUGCUGCUGCUUGGCGAGAUUGACCUGGACAAAGAUGACUACGUCCCCGAGCCAUUCGAACAAGCAUCUGCAGAGAAGGUGUUCCAGCUCAAGAAGCUGGAAGAGCAAAAACGAAAACAGACCGACAAGGUCAAGCAAAAGAAGCUGGCGGAGCUUGGCUUCGAAGGUGAGCACAGCGGCGAAGUCAUAUUCUAGCAAGAGAAGCGCUACUUGCUACUGCUAUGUUACAUACUCCUUGAACAUGCGGGAGUCCAUCCGGAGGCUGGCAGCAAGAAACAUAAAACUGGCUGUUACAUGAACGACGCCUUGAGUGCCAUGGCCGUCCAUCUCGCCAUCUCGAGGAGCAGAGUCAAUGCUUUGCACAGAGAGUUUUCGUUCUUCAUGCUUCUGGCUUUCUGGUAUCUUGCCCCGUCUAUGCACAGGGGUUCUCUGCAAAAGCGAGAGCAAUGGAGACCGCAAUCGCAAGAGGCGGCCUGUUAGUACGUACUUGGCCGAUUCUACUUCACCUGGCCUCAUCUCUUGCGACUCCAGGCGCCCAGGAGUGCCGGGCAAAGUUCUGAUGUCCAAACCCCGUGCCAGAUACCACAGCAAGCUCGGCGCUAGUGUUACGCGGCAGAGUGCAGAAGUGGUGUCGAGACAGCCUCUGUCUAGCAGCAUCGCAACUCAAAAUUUCAGCGUUAAAACGCCGCAUGUGGCUCUUGCGGGUAUAUAGGAUGAUCCAGAACAGUAUCAAAAUUAUGACAACCUGC